AUAAUUUGUAUUGGACGAGAGGGAGCAAUUGAGAUGACAUCAUAAUUUGUUUUGUCCAAAACUCCAAAAUGGGCGGACUUGAAAGAGAUUGAAUUCCGCAACCUAGCUUCAAUAAAUACUAGUGGUAUGUUGAAUCCCAAUCUGCACACACAGUAUAUGAGAGUGUUUACAAACUGUUUCCUUUCUCAAACAUUCUAAGUCCCAUUUCUUUGUCUCAUUCACUACCAUCAAUUAAUCCAUCAUGAACGGAGGAAGCAGAAACAAUGAGAAGGAUAGCAAAGCUGAAGAAGGAGAAGGAAGCGGUGGAGAAGGAAGCGGUGGAGAAGGAAGCGGUGGAGAAGGAAGCGGUGGAGAAGGAAGCGGUGGAGAAGGAAGCGGUGGAUGGGUGUCAACCUUUUUGAAAAUAGCCGGAGCAGUAGCCGCAACAGCAGCCGUAGCUAGUACCAUAUACAACGUCGCAAAACAGGAGGAGGUGAUACUCAAAGUUGAUGGUUCGCUUCUGCGCGGAAGUAACUCAGCAGGCUGUGGUGGAUUUCUAAGCAGUGCGUCUGAGAAAUGGAUCUGCGGUUUUGCUCAAAGGUUGAACCCAGAUUUAAGAGAGGAUGAAACCGAGAAAGAAGCCAUUUUAAGAGGUUUGGUUUGGGUUAAAGAAAAGGGAAAGAAGAAAGUUGUUGUGAAGACGGAUAAUAGAGGGAUUGAGAAUUUGGUGAAUUCUGGACGAAGAUGUAAUGAUCCUGUUAUUUGUGAAAUAAGGGAUCUUCUUAACAGUGAUGAGUGGGAUGCUUCGUUGAGUUGGAUCAGUGGAGUUGAAAAUGCAGUUGCUGAUAGACUUGCUCAUAAAGCUCAUAGCUCCAUUUCUUAUGAUCUGGAAGAGUUUGAUAAACCACCUCAAAACUGCAUCAUGCUCCUUAAACAAAUAUAAUUAAGGAGCUACUAGCACCUAUGAAACUACUGCCUCAUUGCUCUUGCUCUAGCUCUGGCUCUAGCUCUUUGAAUUAAUGUAUGGUUUGUUUAAUGUUAAUUUGGUGAUGUUUUUAAUGUAUGCAUGGUUUGUUUAUGUUCAAUGUAGUUUGCUUCCUUUGUUUUUAUUGUUCAGUUUUUAAUUACUUCCCCCUUCAAUGUAGGAAGGGAGGAAGAAGAAGAAGAAUAUGUAUUGUAAUUGUGUGCUUGUUUGUAUUGCUGCGUAGUCUGCAGUUAAUGAAAUAUUGCUCUUAUCUUUAA